AUGGCUUUUUUAAGACGUUGUGUGAAAAGUGGGUUAAGAUAUAGAAAGAAUCUCGAGAGCUUUUCUGGGUUAAGUGUCGUUUUGAGUCACAGAAAUUAUUGCGCAGAAAAAUUAGCGUUAAAAUCUGAGCCAAAACACGAUUGGAAUCGUGCUGUGAGUGACGCCGAAAAAAUCGUCGGAUAUCCAACGUCAUUCCUCAGCUUACGUUGUCUAUUGAGCGACGAAAUUGCUAACGUGGCUCUGCAUUUGCGUCAACUUGUCGGAAGUGAUCAUCCGUUAACGAAAACGGCAAAACACUUGGUCUACAAUGGCAAAACUAACAUGCAAGCAUGGGGAUUGAUCGUUUUGCUCGUGUCGAAAGCAGCAGGUUGCAGUCCAAAUAUUCCCGAUAUGGAAAUGGACAAAAGUGCGGGAGUUUUGCAUUCGCAACGUGUCAUCGCCGAAGUCACGGAAAUGAUUCGAACGUCCCAUUUGUUGCAUCAGGGCUUGAUAAAUUUGCAACCUUUGGAGAAUUUCGGAAAUGAUUUGUCCUCUGAAAGUGACACAAUUUUCGGAAACAAAAUCGCCCUUUUAAGCGGAGAUUAUUUACUCGGAAAUGCUUCGGUUGAACUCUCAAAAUUACGAAAUCACGAGUUGAAUGCCUUAAUUUCGUCAACAGGACGCGAUUUAGCUGAAUCUAAUUUCAUUGGCGAUCGUGACGAUCAAAAUAUCCCGUUGCCCUCGGAUCCGAAGAAGAAAUCGCCUGAAUCGCAAGAUGCCACGAGCGAUACAAAUUCCAUGGAUAUCGACAAUUUGAAGCCAAUGUGUUUGAAAGGUGUCAUGGGCAAUCCCGAAAAGGAAUGGGCAGUUCGUAAUAUCUUGAGUGCGGGAGGUUUGCUUGGAAAAGGAUGUCAAGGCGCACUAAUGGUUGCCGGUUUGGACGAAGAUAUGCAAAAACAAGGGUAUCUCUUUGGAAAAAAUCUUGCGUUGGCAUGGCAAGCUUGUAUAGAUUUGGAGCCUUUUAAACAAGAAACAAUUCCCGCGAAGAUGCAAUUUAGUCUUGUAAGUGCCCCGGUUCUUUUUCACUUGGAUCAUGAUCAUAGUUUGUAUGAGGAGAUUAGAAAGGGACACAAAAGUGUCGAUAAUAUCAACUUUGAAUAUGUUCACAGCGAGGUAAGAAAGGGGCCUGGAUUGGAAAUGACUCGGAAUUUAGGAAGAAAAUACUGUGAAGCGGCGAUGAAAGUUUUGAGUAAAUUGGAAAAUACUGAUGCUCGAGUCGCGUUGGAGAAUAUUAUUUUGGCAAUGCAUGACAUGUGA